AUGGCUAAAUGCCAUAUUCAAUUAGUUAAAUUAGCAAAACCUUGUAUAAUACUGAAUUUCGAUCUAAAGUCUUACGUUUUUAACGUAUCGGAAGGUUUUCAAAGAUACCUUUCUGAUUAUAGCAUCAAGACUAAAAUGUCAACAUAGAUAUUUUUUACAAAUUUAAAUGCUACCUACAUUAAUGGCAUAAUAGGACUAUUACUCACACUUAAUUUCGAUAAGCAAAUUGAUGGUACUAAGAUUUAUGGACCUUCUGGAUUAUGUUAAUUGUUUUCAGCUUUUAGAUAUAGUGAAAUCGGAGGAAAAUCCAUUAAUAGUUUAUCUUGUCAUGAGUUUUAGGGAAAGAAUCUUAUUUACCAGAAAAAGGAUCAAUAUUACUAAGAAAUUUUUGAAGGAAAUAUUUAUCCAGUCUUAAAUGGACUAAAACUUGUUAAAUAUGAAGAAUAAGAAUCUUUAUAAAUGUAUACUGAUGAAUAUGUCGAAAUAGUACCAAUAAUCCACAAAAACAAUAAUAUUUCUUAUAUUAUUAAAACAAAAAAGAUUAAAGGUAGUGUCUCUACAGAAAAGCUUUAGCUUUUAAAAUUAACUAAUAUUUAGAAGAAAGAAUUAUUUUAAAAUCAUUAAAUAUAAUUAGGGGAUUAAAUAUAUCCAGAGGCUUACUUUAGAGAACCUGAUGUAGAAGAAUAAGGGAUCUUGGUAUUAGAUAUAAUUGAUGAUUUAGACUUAUCAUAAAUCGAUUUUCCAAACAAUUUAAGAUGCAUUUUGCAUAUAAAUGAUCCUAAAACAGAAAUCUAUUUAAAUUUUUUAAAUAAAGUGAAUGUAGAUCAUAUCCUAUGCAAUUAAGAAGUCCAGAAUGAAUACUCAGAUAGUAUUCCAAAGACUAAGUUUAUUUGCAAUUAUUUGAAUUCUAAAUAUCCUUUCAACUUUCCAAGUUUUAGUAAUAAUUAUUCAAUCUAGAAUAAUAGAUACAUCUAAUUCUAAGCAAAUUAUCAUUACAUCUUACAUCCUUUAAAUAAGAGAGGAUUUUAGAUGAUGGCUCCCUAAAUGAUUGGUUAAACUUCUUAAAUCAAAGAAAUUAAUUACUAGUAAACUCCGAUUAGGCAAUAUAAGUCUGAGAUUCUAUUAUAAUUUUUAGGAACAGCUUCUAUGAGGCCAAAUAAAUAUAGAAAUGUUUCAGGAAUUUUAGUUAAAUAAUUUAACUCAGCAAUUCUUUUAGAUUGUGGUGAAGGAACAUUUCAUUAAUUACAAAGUUAAAAUAAUUUUGAUUUUAAUUAAAAAAUACUUAUUUGGAUUAGUCAUGUUCAUUGUGAUCAUAAUUUAGGGAUAGCCUCAUUCUUAUAAAAUUGUAGUAAUGUAUAUUUUCUCGUCCCCUAAAUUAUGAUUCCUUGGAUUGUUUAAUUAAUUGAAUUUUAUUAAAUUAAACAUACUUGCUAUUUAUGUUAUAUUCCUUUUGAUAAUUAUAAUCUAGAAUAAGAGUUUGCAAUUUAGAAUGCCAAAGUUUAGAAAUUUAAUGAAAUAAAAUUAUAAUAAUUAUAAGAGCUAUUUAAUAUUUAGUUAGAAUAUGUUAACGUUGAUCAUUGUCCAUAGGCUUAUGGCUUAAGAAUAAACUUCAGAGAUGGAAGCAGCAUUAGUUAUUCAGGGGAUACCAGACCUUGUUAAUAAUUUAUUCAAUUAUCAAAAAAUGUUGAUUUAAUGAUUCAUGAGGCAACAUUUACUGAUGAUCUUUAAAAAAAUGCAAUAAGUAGAAAGCAUUCAACUGUUGGAGAAGCUGUUGAAUCGGCUAUUUUGGCUAAUGCUAAGACAUUAAUAUUAACACAUUUUUCAUAAAGAUACUGUAGAACAGGAAGUUGCUAAUAAUAGAAAAUAGAAUCAAAUCAAAUUUAAUCUACAAUUAAUAAUGAGACAUAUGAAUAAUAUUUAAAUACAAAGACAGUUAUAGCUCUAGAUUUUUUAAGUGGUCUUUUAGAUGAGUAUCCAAAUUUAGUAGAAUUAAGCUAACACUUAUAAUAAUUGAUUGAAUCAUGA